AUGCAUGUAUCUCACGUUUUGAGUAUUCUGGCCACCGUUGCCUAUGUAACAAACAGCCAGUCCAUUCAGAAUUGUACUAGAACAUUCAAGAGUACCACAGCUGCAGCUGCUUUUGCGGCUCUUGAUCCGGGAUGGAAUCUUGGGAACACUCUAGAUGCAGUUCCUAAUGAGGGAUCUUGGAACAACCCACCUGCACAAGCUUCGACGUUGGCUCAAGUCAAAGCAAGAGGUUUUAAGAGUAUUCGAAUUCCAGUUACAUGGGCAUAUCAUUUUACAUCCGACUCACCAACAUGGCAAGUCGACAAAACUUUCAUGGACCGCGUCGAAACGGUCGUCGACCAAGCCUUAGCCCUAGACUUCUCCGUCGUUCUUAAUGUCCAUCAUGACUCCUGGGUCUGGGCAGACCCAUCAGUAGCAAAUGCAAACACCACCAUGAUCGAAGAAAAGUUCACCCGUCUCUGGUCCCAAAUAGCCUCCCGCUUCUCCUGCAAAUCUUCCAAACUCAUCUUCGAAGCUCUCAACGAACCAGCCGGCAGCACCAAAGAACAUGCUGACCUCCUCAACCGCCUCAACACAUAUUUCCUCGAUGCUGUAAACCGCGCAGGUGGCCACAACCCCAACCGCGUCCUCUCUCUCAGCGGCCUAAACAUGAAUACCGAGCUCACAUCACUCUAUUUCACCCGGCCUACCACGUACCCGCUCCAACCAUGGGGUCUCCAAUUCCACUACUACAGUCCCUACGACUUCGUCUUCGGCGCCUGGGGCAAGACCAUCUGGGGAUCUGACGCCGACAAAGCGUCGCUCGUCAAUGAUUUCGAACUUUUCCACGGCAAUUUCUCCCAUGUCCCAACCUUUAUCGGUGAAUGGUCUGUUUCCACGGGUCAGACUGAAACGGCUGCGCGGUGGAAGUACACGGACUUUUUUGUUAGCACGGCGAAGAAGUACGGGUAUAGUAGCAUGCAAUGGGAUAACGGGAAUGAUCAACUCGAUCGCACGACCGGGAAGUGGAGGGAUGAAGUCGGCAUUGAUAUUCUUCUCGCCGCCGCUGCUGGAAAAGUCAAUUCUCUAGCAGACAGCACGGAAGACGGAAGCGCGACAUCGCAAUUCAGUUCAGCGUAUUACUUCCAUAAACUCAACACCCCUAUCGCCGACGCGCAAAUCCAAUACAUCCUUAACGGAAACACCCUCCUCUCAAUCACCGACAACAGCACCCCCCUCACCCCCGCCGAUUUCUCAAUCACCCCCUCAGGCCUCCUCACACUCUCCGCAUCCUACCUCUCCCCCCUCGCAACAGCCCAACCAGGCCUCCACAAAACCCUCACCCUAACCUUCUCCGCCGGCGCCCCUCUCACCCUCUCCCUCUACGUCUACACCACGCCCACCCUCCCAGUAACAACAUACAACCUCACCUCCCUCCCACCGGGUGACCUGCAUAUCCCCAUCUCCUACGCGGGAUUGCCGCAGGUCGCGGCUGUGAAGGCGGUUCUGGCUGAUGGGAGUUACUUGACGGAUGCAUGGACGAUGUAUUUGGGGGUGUUGCAGAGGGGGUAUUGGACGUUUGGGGAGUGGGAGGGGGAAGGGGCGGGGUUGAAGAUUAGUGCGAGUGGUGUGGAGAGGUUGAGGGGUGCUGGGCAGGAUGUGAAGUUGGGGGUGGAGUUUUUUCCACGGGUUGAGGGGGAGGCUGUGGUUGUGAGGUUUGUGCGAUGA